AAUCCGUCUCAAUUCCUCUAGAUAUCCUAGAAUAAACAGAGAGAGAGAGGACAUACAGAGAAUUGGAGACAUGGAUGUGAAGAAAGCAGGAUCUUCGCUUGAUUCUCUGAUAUCUUCCUUUAAUACGCGAAUCGCAGAGCUGCAGGAACUCGUAAUCGCCCGAAACAUGUACCCAGCCAGUAGCGUCGUUGAUUUGUCGGCAGUGGACGCAGCAAUGAAGGCGAUGGAGCUGCAAAUACAGGCGAUCAAGGACCGAUUGCGUGAGGAGAUCCAGGCCAUUCCCAAAGCCAAAAAACUCAUAGAUGCAUCACUGCGGCAGCAGAAGAUACUGCAGAACAUGUCUGUCCAUGUUUCCUCACAUCUGCCUCAGAGAAUGACCAUGUUAGAUUUGGAUAAUAGUAGAUGUUUGCUUCCAGAAGCCCCUAAACAGCAAGCUGAUGGUGGGUCGCUGAAACCACACGAGCCAGCAGUAAUACCCAAGGAGAAAAAGGGGCGUGGCUCUCCACCAUUAUGGUACAUAACUUCCAAUGAGCUGGAUUCUCUAUCCUCAUAUAUGAGAGGAAGGCUCACACUUGAGAAAGUUAAUGCAGCAAUCAAUGACAUGGCAACAUAUGCAGAAGGAAAUGCCCAACUUAUUUCAGCCCCAAAGAAGAAGCUGGCGGAGAACCUCUGGGAAAGAGCCCUGGAGUUGAGAGAUAUUGCAACAACGGAACCAGUUAAGGGGAAACACUUCUUCCUUGAAACUGACAUGAAAGGACCAGCAUUGAAGCUGGACAACACUGGAAAAGCAAUACUGACUGUCCUUCGCCACCUUGGCCGCAUCAGUGAGACUCGAAUUGGGCAUCACAGAGUGAUGAUUCUUUUGAAGCCUCAGUGACUGCCAAAUACACAUGGUAUUAUUAAUCUUUUAUUUUUAUUUUCAAUUAUUUAAAAAAUCUGUAAGCUUGUGAACAGGAAUGAGAGUACAUGUUUCAAAACUUCGAGGUGCAGAAAUUUGAGUGAAAAAUAUACUGGCUUUCAAAUUAGGCUUAGAAUAUAUGAUAAAU